UUCCUACAGCUGGAGAAAAAAGAACAAAAACUAACCUUUGAUCAGCCACCUAAAGGAACAAGGAAAAAUUAUUCUUUCACGAAUGAAGAAGUAAGACAGAUUGAUCGGGAAAACCAAAGGUUGCUAAAAGAACUGUCCAGACAGUCUGCAAAGCCUAGAAGAAGUACUACCUUGAAGAAGUCAGCUGUACCACCUCCUAAACUGUACCACAGUGCCCUCAACAGGCAAAAGGAGCAGCAAAGAAUUGAAAGAGAAAACCUGGCUUUCCUGAAAAGACUGGAAGCAGUGAAACCAACAGCUGGUAUGAGGCGUUCUGAACAAUUGAUGGACUAUCAGCGCCAGAUGAGUUAUCUAAAUUCUUCACCAUCUGUAAGAAGAGGAAAAUCUGCUUUCAGCCAGCUUAGUCCUUCCAGAGGCACUUCAAGAGCAUCCGCUGUACCAAGUACAAUGAGCCAGAGGAACGAAAAACCCGUGUCUGAUUCAGCCAGUGGGGCAUUACAGAGACCCAAACCCACUAAUGUUCGUGCUGCUUGGUUAUAA